AAAUAAUGAAGAAAGAUUGCAAUUUCUGUACUGAUGAUCCAAAUAAUGAUAUUUGGAUAAAAGAGGCCAGAGAAUAUUAAGGAUUAGCAUUAAAUAAAAUGGAAGGAUUGAUUAAUAGUAAAUUUUUCAUCAUCAAUACUAAAUUUAAUGAAUUGAUAUAUUUUAGUGAUGGAGAGAUUCUUAGAAUGUAAUUAUAAAGAAGGUUUAUAUAAUAGAGAAUAAAAUAUUGAUGAAUUUAAGAGAUAUGAGAUUUAAUCUAAUAUGGAACAAAUUAAGCAUAAAAUUUGGAUUGGAAAGUAUAAAGAAAACUUAAUUAAAUAUGGAAAAUGGAAUGCUUUAUGGAAAGGUUAAGCUGUAAUUGGAAUUGGUGGUCAUUAUUUAAAUGAUGGGAAAAAAUAAGGUCUUUGGAAAGAAAUGAUAAUUAAUUUUUGGGAGUAUUUAUUAAAUUAUCAUUUUUAGUGAUGCAGAAGUAUAUGAAGAAGGAGUCUAUAUAAACAAUUAUAAAAUAGGAACUUGGAAAUUUUUAGAUUAUAAUACAGAGAUGUAAUUGAGAAAUACAAAUAAUUUAGUGGAGGUGGUAUAUAUAAUAAAGAUGGAAUGAAAAAUAGUAAAUGGAUAGAUAUAUGUUAUACUUGGUAAAAGUAAAUGAUUUAUAGAAUACUAUAUAGAUUAAAUAAAGAAGUCACAUAUGUUGGUGAAUAUAAAAAUGGAAAAAAAUAUGGAAUAUGGUAUACUAGAAUUGAUGGAAAUAGAUUUGUGUAAUAUAAUUUAAUUUAUAAAAUAUAUAAAGUGGAGGUGGAUCAUAUGAUGAAAAUGGUAUGAAAAAUGGAAGUUGGGUAGAUAUUGAUGAUAAAUGGUUUAAGUAAAUUUAAAAUAUAUAUUUUUUAGAAUAUUUCAUGAAAUAUAUUAUAUUGGAAAAUAUGCUCGUGGUUUAAAAAUCGGAAAUUGGAAUAUCAAGACUAGUAAUGAUGAUAUUCAGUAAAUAUUUUCAUAUAUGAUAUCAAUUUUUAGAGGAGGAGGAUUAUUUGAUAAAAAUGGUAAUAAAAUAGGUGAAUGGAUAGAAUUUUUGGAUAAUUGGUUAAAGUAUUGGAUUUUUUGUUUAUCUUAUUAAAUUUAGAUUCAAACGAGAUAUUAUUUUAAAAGGUCAAUAUUUAAAUAAUAACAAAUAUGGAAGAUGGGAUAUAAUUGAAGGAAAUGAAAGAAUAAUGUAUAAUUUUAUUGAAUAUUUUAGUGGGGGUGGAUAUUAUGAUUAAGAUGGAUUAGAAAAUGGAAGUUGGAUAAAUAUUGAUGAAAAUUGGUGCAGGUAUAUUGAAUAAUUUUUAAGGUUAGAAAUUUUAAAGAAAUUACAUAUCAAGGCAAAUACAAGUAGGGUAAAAAAAUAGAAAGAUGGAAUAUUAUGUUGGAAGAAAUUUAAAUAAUGUAUAUUUAUUUAUUAUUAAAAGAGGAGGAGGGGAGUUUAAUUAAAAUGGAUACAAAUAAGGAAAUUGGAUUUGUAUAGAUGAAAAUUGGAUUAAGUUUAAUAUAUAAAUUAAUAAUAUAUUUAGACAUGAAAGAGAAGUCACUUAUACUGGCGAUUAUUAAAAUGGAAUGAAAAUUGAUAGAUGGGUUAUAAAUUAAUAAGAUAACUAAAUUAUGUAUUAUUAUAAAUAUUUUAAUAAAGUGGUCAAGGAUAAUAUGAUAAAAAUGGAUUGAAAAAUGGUAUUUGGUAGUGUUUAGAUAAUGAUUGGAUAAGGUAUAUAUAGGAUUAAAUAAUUAAAUAGAGUUAUUAGAGAGGUUACAUAUGUAGGGUAAUUUGUAAAUGGUGUAAAAAUUGGAACAUGGAAAAUUAUGGAAGGAGAUAAUCAUAUGUACAUAUAUAAAAUAGUUUAUAAAAGCGGAGGAGGAUCAUUUGAAGAAGAUGGAAGAAAGAAUGGAAAAUGGGUAGAAUUAUGUGAAGAAUGGAGAAAGUAUAACAAAUAUCAUUAUUAAAUAGGUAAAAUAGAAAUGUGAGUUAUAAUGGGGAAUAUAAAAUGGGGAUUAAGAUUGGAAAAUGGAAUAUAUUUGCAAAUGAAAAUGGAUAAAAUAAAAUUAUGUAAUAUUUUUAUAAUAAAUAAAGAGGUGGAGGAUAAUUUAAUAAUCAAGGUAUGAAAGAGAAUAAAUGGGUUGAAUUAUGUGAUGAUUGGAUGGAGUAAAUAUAUUAUUUUAUUAUUAUUUUUAGUAUUAAAUAAAUUACAUAUAAUGGAGAGUAUAUAAAAGGUUAAAAAAUUGGUAGAUGGGAUAUUAUUGAAAAUUAAAAUUAGCUUAUGUAAUUUAUUAAAAUAAAAUAAUAUUUAGUGGUGGAGGAUAGUAUAAUUAAAAUGGAAAGAAAUAUGGUAAAUGGGUUGAAUUAUGUCAUGAUUGGUGUAGUUGUAGUGGUUUUUUUUUAAAAUAAGUGACAUUGAAUGGAGAGUAUAAAAAUGGAACUAAAAUUGGUUAAUGGGAUUAUAUUAAUGCCAACAAUGUAAUCAGGUAUCAUUUAAAUACUAUUAAAAUACUUUAGUGGUAGUGAAACUUAUAACACCAAUGGUAUAAAAAUUGAAGAAUAGUGAAUUAUAUUAUAAUCCUG